GUUUUUAUCCCCGAAUUUUAUUACAUACAAAUUCUAGAUUAUUUCAAAUCGAUUUAUCGCACUAUUGGCUUCUCGCAUAUAUCAAAUUAAACGUGGAAUGACAUUGCAAAUUUUAAGGUGAGAUAUAGAUCAUCUAAAAUAGAUUUAUAUUACACAUCAUUACUUAUAUUGCAUAUCAAAUUAUAUAUAGAAUUUGUCUGCAAACUAUCUUCCGAAUUAUAUAGGUCGUCUAAAAUGGGUUUAACUCGCUUCCAUCAAUACGAUAUAUGGAGAAAGAAAGAGAGAGAAAGAAGAGAGAGAGAGAGAGACAGAAGAGAAGGAGAGGGUGAGAGGAGAAGGAGAGAGAGACGGAGGGAAAUAGCGAGCGCGUGGCGACGCGCUUGUUGGUUGCUCAGCUGUUUUGAAGAGUCGACGACGCAGCGAACGACUGGCCGUGACUCGGCGCCAGACCACUGCAUUCACGUCCAAACGCAAACAGAUGUGGAGUGACUGUCGAAAUUUCUGACACAUCUCGAGCGCGAUUAUCGUGUCGCGCUACGGGGAGCGUGCACGGUCCAAUUUUUUUUUUUUUUCGCGUAUACACGCGCGCGACGAGUGCGAGUCGUCCUCUCCUCGACGAGCCCGAGGUCCUCACCGAGAGCCCAGUCUCUUAUUGACAGAACAACGGACGAAAUAAAGCGAUCGCCAUGAGCGAGCUGAGCCAGGAAGAGAUGAGGAAAAGGCGGUUAGCCCGCUUAGCGGGCUUAAACACUAGUAAUGUAGCUGCCAGUUCAUCUAAUACUACUGCUCCAAUUUCUCCAAGUACUCCAGGUCCAUCGAAAGCAUUUGCAGAACCAAUGAUAUCUCCGUCUAUUCCACAACAAUUACAGCGUGCUGAGAUUCCAAUGGAAGUGGAAGAAAGCAGCGAUAAGCAGUGUAAUACCUCCGGACUAGAUGUCGAUUCUGGAAUCGAAACUAUGGAGGUUGAGGAAUCCGAUAGAAAAGAUUCGAUACCAAGAUCACGUACAACAAGUUCUAGCAUAGAAGUUACAACAGAUCACAUACAUGUUGUCAUAUCACGUGUCUUGUGUAUAUCGUGGAAAAGCCCUAUAGAAGGAAGUAUAUUUCUGCCGCAAACGGCAGCGUACACGCAAACACAGAGACAGCUGGACUUUAGCGAUAUUAUCAAUCAGGCACUGAUGGAGGUUUUGUGUAUAUUCUCGAGAGGGGAAAAUCCUUUGAAAGACAUCACGGUAGACAUGUCGUCCGACCGUGAGGAUAGUCCGAAUAGCCAAGCAAGUCCUUUGUUAAGUCCUGUGGUGGCUCUUCCAUCUUAUCAAUUACCAACCAUACCACUACCCAUAGGCGAUAAAUCAUCACAACCGAAAAGUUUGACUUAUUUAUUAGAUUGUUAUUCAAGAAUUGCAAUUGAAGAAAGAAAUCAUCCAAAGCGAUCCAGCGUACCUCCUCUUUCCGAUGUACUAACAAUUUUGAGAGCGCAAUGUGUUCAGUAUUCUAGCCUCGUUCUACAAGGGUUGGUCGGCAUUUGCCAAGCUACUGUUAUACCUAUGUGCACCACUCAUCUUCUCUAUCCGAUAUUAUCGCAGAGUUUACCUCGCGGCUAUCUUCACGAGCUCGUGGCUAGGACACACACGAAUCCGAACACAUUCAAUAAAAUUUUCACUCCAGUUUUGCAAGGCCUGUAUCUCGCGAUGCAGCAGGCGAGCUUGGUCGGCAAUACGCAUAGAAGACCGAUCGAGGCGUUAGACGAACUGAUAGAGAUUCGCUGUGGACCAAGUGGCAAUAUACGUCCGAUUUGCCGUCUGAUAACGAAUCAAGUUCAAUUCUUGCCUGAUGUUAUGACAUCAGCAGCCGGAAGAGAACUCACGAGAACCUCAUUCCUGGGACCGUUUCUCUCGGUAUCGGUAUUUGCCGAAGAGCAACCGAAAGUGGCGGAGAAAUUCUUCAGCGGAAAUCCUGUCACGGACAAAUCGGUGAAUCUCACGCUGCAACAAGAAUUGGAGAGUACCAGAACGUCGUUGCACAAGAUGUUUCAUGCAAUACUCGCGAAUAGCAACUGCCGCGAUGCCACCCUUGCGUAUUUGGCGGCAUUGCUGCGUCACAAUGAGAAACGCGCGCAAAUACAGACGGAAGAAUUCUCCUUGGCCGGAGAUGGAUUUAUGUUGAAUCUACUAUCGAUUUUGCAAAUGCUCUCUGUGAAGAUCAAGCUGGAUACUGUAGAUCUGCUGUAUCCAUUUCAUCCUUCCAGUUUCGUCGAAAUAAAGAACGACACAAGACUGAAACUCACUUCGCAAGAGGUCGCGGAAUGGCAAAAACAUUUGGAGAACACACAUAAGUGGACAGAACCGAAGUUUCCGACGCAAUGUUGGUUCCUCACGCUGCAUUGUCAUCACAUCGCGCUGUUACCGGCAUUGCAAAAAUAUCAAAGAAAAUUGCGGGCCUUACGGGAUUUACAAAAAAUGCUCGACGAACUGCAAGCCACAGAACCCCAAUGGAAAGAUAGUCCUUUUGCGGAGCACAAUAAAGAUUUGAUCAAACAAUGGAAGCAACAGUUGAAGCGAUUGGUUAAAUCCAAAUCAUGUGCGGAUGCAGGUCUGAUAGAUCCCAUCUUUUUGAGAAGAUGCUUACAUUUUUAUAUAUCGGUCGCUGAGGUUUUGUUAAGUCUUCUGACGCAAACUACUCCGGGUGAUCCUCUUCCCGAACUUCCAUUACCUCAGGAAGUUACGUGCAAAUUCACCGCACUACCGGAAUGGUAUGUGGAGGACAUAGCGGAAUUUUUGUUAUUCACACUCCAAUUCUGCCCUGGGGUAGUGGCAAGUAAUAUGGAUAAUUCGCUUAUCACUUGGCUACUCGUCGUCGUGUGUACGCCACAUUGUAUACGAAAUCCGUAUCUAAUCGCAAAAAUCAUCGAGGUUCUUUUUGUGAUAAAUCCUAGUGUUCAGGGAAGAACAGAAACUCUUCAUGAUAAAGUCAUGGCACAUCCUAUAUCCAAGACAUUUCUGGCGUCGUAUCUCAUGAAGUUUUAUACCGACGUUGAAACCACUGGCUCUAGUUCCGAAUUUUACGACAAGUUUUCAAUACGUUAUCACAUAAGUCUGAUCUUAAAAUCGAUGUGGGAUAGCCCGAUACAUCGAGCGUCUAUCGUCAAUGAGAGCAAUAACGGCAAGCAAUUCGUCAAGUUUAUCAACAUGCUGAUGAACGACACCACCUUCCUGCUCGACGAGAGUCUGGAAUCUCUGAAGCGUAUACACGAGGUGCAGGAACUCAUGUCCGACACUAGCGCGUGGAGCGCUCUUUCGCAGGAGCAACAGCAAUCGAGAACGAGACAGCUGGCAGCAGACGAGAGACAAGCCAGAUCUUAUCUUACAUUAGCCAAGGAAACAGUUGCCAUGUUUCAUUAUUUGACAGUCGACAUUAAAGAACCGUUUCUACGACCGGAAUUAGUCGGACGGUUGUGUGCCAUGCUGAAUUUCAAUUUGCAACAGUUGUGUGGACCUAAGUGUAAAAAUUUGAGAGUGAGAAAACCGCAAAAAUACGGUUGGCAACCGAGGACGUUACUCAGCCAAUUGGUUGAUAUAUAUUUACAUCUUGACUGUGAUAAUUUCGCGGCUGCUUUGGCCAGUGAUGAACGUUCGUUUUGUAAGGAGUUGUUCACCGACGCUGCGAGCAGAUUAGAGAGAUCCGCCAUCAAAACUACGACGGAAAUCGAGAGGUUCAUAGCUCUCGCCGAGCGUGCAGCGGUAAUUGCGAGAGACAAUCGUGCACGCGACGCGGACUACGGCGACGCUCCUGAGGAAUUUCGGGAUCCAUUAAUGGAUACUCUUAUGGAGGAUCCGGUCAAGCUACCGUCUGGUAUUGUUAUGGACAAAGCAGUUAUCAUUAGACAUUUACUCAAUAGUGCCACGGAUCCUUUCAGUCGGCAGCCGCUUAGCGAAGAUAUGCUCACGCCAAUGCUCGACUUAAAAGAAAGAAUAUCAGUAUGGAAGCAACAAAAGAAAAAGUCAACAAAUAUAUAAACGGUGCUAAGGUGACAAGAAUUAUGCACAUAAAAAUAAUAAUAUAGAGAAGAAAAGAAAAAGAAAGAAAGAGAUAAGCAUUACAAAUAUAAUUGUCAAUAUUGCACGAUACAUUUUAUUGUAUAUAAAUGUAUCGAUUGCCCGACAAAUGUAUCGAGCCGGUGCAGUUGACGAAUAUAGUGCAAUGAUCUCGCUAUUUUGUGCAACAAUUGCGCUCAAUAAAUUUACAAGUUUUUAUACAAUAAAACAUUAACAGACUGCAGCUAAGCGAACUGCCAAUAUUGCUCCAAACACAUACUUUAGAAACUUGUAAAUAGUACUGCUGGCUACGUGUCAGUAUCCAAAAUUAUAUUACUCAUAGAUAAGCUUCUUUACUUUUUACGUCCUUUGAUGUAUGUGGCGGCGGGAUAAGAUGUUUCGAGAGAAUAUUGCGCGAAAAUAAUUAAUAUUAUGAAAUAAAUAUUAUAAAAUAGUAUAAACUAAUAAUAUAAAUAACUACUCUAUAUACUUCCACAAACUCGAUAUUUAAAAAUAAAACGACAUUGACGUAAAAUCUCUAUGUA